AUGCUGAUAACACACAGGGACAGUCAUCUCCGGGUCCGCUUUGAGCACUCCAUCUACGAGCGCGGGUGCGUCGGCGGUAUCGGGAUAGCAUCCCCAUUCGUCGAUCAUCCUGACCAGGUCUCCCGUAGUAUAUACGCUGAAGCUGUCUGUACCACCACAGAUCACUCUCGCGUCGCCAUCGCAGGGCACAGAGCAUUUUCCCUCUUCGACUUUCACGGUGCCAAGGUUCAGCCUCGAGCCGCAGUAGCACGACGUGCCGUUCGUCAGGCCCAUGUGGAUAUAUCCGUCCUGCAAGCAGUACCUUUCAUAUACUUUUACCGUGGUGCGAUUCGGGCUGACCCGACGACGAUCUUGGAGGAGCAGUCGCCGUACAAUAGCGAUGGAUUGAUAUUGCGGAAGAAGAAAGCACUGAUCUGUCGUCUUGCGAGCGACGCGCACGUAUCUCCCUUCUGGGAGACCACCCAUCGUCCACACUUGCGCGUAGUCUUCGUGGCUACCCGCGCUCCCGCUGGCGAAUCGAUAAUUGUUGUCACUAUACUCGCUCUCGAUGGGAUUCGAAUCCUCUUUGUCGCGCUUCUCUAUAUGCUUGCCUCCCGCCGGAGAAAGGCAGAUUGUGUUGCCGAGAGUGUAUCUCGCCUCGCGGAGGUUCUCGCAAUCGAACGAAAGCCAUGGAUUGUGCAUAUCUUCUCCCUUUACAAAGUGUCCCCUUGCACCGUGGUUUACAACACCUCGGAGAGGCAAAAGGGCUCUUCUUCUUCCUCGGUGGCGGGAAAAGGGGGGCUGUGGGUCAGUUGGCUGGUUUUCCAGAGAGCAUUUGUUGAUGACAACUUCAGCUCACCAGCUGUUAUCCGCUCCCUUUUGAGGAUCUUCAUUCGGGCGUCGCGGCCUACAUCAGUGCCGGCAAGACCGCCAUGGCACCCUCCUGGCGGACCCAUAUACGAAGAGUUCUGCGGCAGCCAGAAAGUUCCUCGGCCUUCUUGCAAGGUCACCGAGGUCCCUCUUCAGCGAGUCGUUGGAUACUACGAGGGAUGGGCCGCCCGCCGCUACUGCGACACGUUCCGGCCCGACGACAUCCCGGCAGGCGUGUACACCCACCUCAAUUUUGCCUAUGCAAGCAUCGACCCGGCCACCUUCCACAUCGUGCCCGCAGCCGAGGGUGAUCCGGAACUCUAUCGAGAACUAACCGGCCUCAAAAGUCCCAACCCUAGUCUCAAGGUGUUCAUCGCCGUCGGCGGCCGGGCUUUCAACGACCCUGGCCGGCCAACUGAGACAACUUUCUCGGAUAUUGCUCGUUCGCGGGAUAACCAGAGGGCCUUCAUCUCGUCUCUGAUCUCGUUUAUGAAUACGUAUGGCUUUGAUGGCGUCGACAUUGAUUGGGAAUAUCCACGGGCAGGAGGUCGGGGCGGUCGGGAUGAGGAUUUCGUCAACUUUCCCAUCUUUGUCAGGAACCUUAAGCGGGCUCUGAAUAACAAUGGCUUUAGAAACGGUCUGUCAAUUACGCUGCCGGCGUCAUAUUGGUACCUCCGACAUUUUGAUAUCAUAUCCAAAAAGAUGAAGAAUAGUGUUGACUGGUUCGGCUUCAAGUCCUACGAUCUCCAUGGAGCCUGGGAGACCCAGGAAUCUCGGUUGGACAGCCGCCUGAACUCGCACACCAAUCUCACGGAGAUCGCCGCCGCCAUGGACUUCCUGUGGUGGAACGACAUCCCUCCUGAGAAAGUCGUCAUGGGCCUCGCAUUCUACUCAAGGACCUUUACCCUCUCCGAUCGUAAGUGUCAAAAGAAGGGAUGCGUGUUCGACGGCGGAGGUACGCCGGAUAGAUGUUCCGGAGAAGUGGGAUUUAUGACCAACUCCGAAAUCGAGUCUAACAUGGUCGGCACGAGUGCUGGAUCUACUCUUGACGCCGAUGCUGCGGUCAAGAUCCUGGUUUCUGGCCUUUAUCGUGACCAAUGGAUAAGCUCUGACGACGGGGAAACGUUCAAGCUCAAGGCCGACUUUGCGCGCAGUUUGUGUCUUGGGGGCGUCAUGGUAUGGGCAGUAAGCCACGACAAUGGGAAGGGAAAGUUCUCCAAAGAACUUCAACAAGCAACCAAGUAUAAAUCCUUCUCCGUUGGAACUACAACUAGCUAUGGGAUGACUCUGCGCGGUGACAAGAUCCCAGUUGAGCAGUGUUUCUGGACCAACUGCGGCAAGUCUUGCCCAUAUGGCUGGACGCACGUCCGGCGCCGAGACCAAUGGAGCUACGGGAAUACGCACAUGGUCGAUGAUAGUGGGUGUAAGCCGGGCCAAGACUCCAGGCUAUUCUGCUGCCCACCCGGCCCCGAGCCGUAUUGUGGGUGGUAUUCCCUUAACAACGGACGCUGUAGCGGAACUUGUCCUGGAGCUGAUGGUUUGUACGAGUGGCACGAAUGGUCCGAGAUUGCAUCUUCCGGUGGGGGAUGCACAAAUGGCAAGAGCCAAAAGGCGUGCUGUCGCCGGGAUCAUCCAGAAGUCCGGCCACCGAUCCAGGCGAUGCGGCUCUGGGAUAAGUGUGGAUGGGCUGGGUCGGAGCCCCGUUGCGCUGCCUCUACUUGCGAUGGGUAUUAUCCGUGGAGGAAUAAUCUCGUCGGCUCUACGAACCUCGGCAGCGGCGCUACGCACUGCUAUUAUGACAGUGCUGCGACUUUGAGAGGAGACCAGCCUUACUGCUGUUCCGCCGAUCUGGACGACGAGAAAUGGGACAACUGCGCCUUCACUACUUCGGGCGGAGCCUACGUUGAGAAAUACUACGGCGAGGGCUAUUGCGAUGGGAAUUGCCCUCCCGGCCGCGUAAAAAUAGGUCUGGAUGGCAGUCUCGACUCCUGCUCGGGCGGGAAUCGUGCCCUUUGCUGCGAGCCUGUGGUGUCGCGGCCGGCGAAGUCUCACUUGGGCAGCUACGAAGACCUCCUCGCGGCCUUUCAGCAGUGGGCUAAUGAUCCAUCCAGCCGGGACUGUGGAGGUUCCACGCCUGAAACCAACCUUGGCAACUCUGGCCGCCGAGGUCGACGUCGAUCAGCCGACAAGGCGCCAUGA